AUGGACCCUACCGAGAGCGACGCUUCAACAAUACUGACGGACUAUCCAGUAUCGAGUGCUUCCAGACCAUCCUCAGCCUCAGCCUCGUCCGUUACGUCUCUGUCGUCAAUCUCCGAUGACCGAACAAAUUCCCUGCCCCUAGGCGCUGCUACCUCCGUGUACUUUGAGAUCCGUGAUACUCCUACGGCCGGACGCGCCGUCUUCGCCACCAGAGACAUUGACGCGAGCACUCUGCUGUGGCGCUCAGACGAUCUCACCAUCUCAUCUCUCCUUCGGGAGUACAGGCGUGAAGUCUGCGGACAGUGCUUCGGAUACAACUACGGCAGAGAUUUGAGCAUACAAGACCAAACAGUCGGUUUCGCCUUCUGCUCGAGUGAAUGCCAGAAAGUCUGGCGGCAAGAGGCUGGCGAGGUAGGUAUCCAGGCCUGGGCCGAAGUCAAGAAACUGGUCAGCAAGAAGAGUAAACGAGACGACGAACUGGUUGAUAUUAACCUGGCACGACCCAACGAAAAUGAGAUUGCGCAAGCAUGGGACGGUACUAAGGCACAGGCAGCGCUGAUCCGAACGCUCAGAAUGGUGGAGCUGAUGGACGAUGCCCGGAACGGAGACGAACCGCAGACCCUGACAGUGAAGGGCAACACGGGCGGACUGAUCACCAAGCAGCACCGCAAAGCCGUACAGAAAGCACUUCAACAACCCGUUCAGGCCGACAUUAUGGGAUAUUGUGUUGGCGGUAUCAUCGCUCAGUACGAGAACCCCCAGAAAUGGGAGCACUUGCUCUCACUCGCAGUGGAUUCGACGCCUUACUCCAGCGCCGGCGACCUGGAAGCCUUCACUCGCACCUAUCUGCAGCUGCUCGCGAUUCUUCCUCUGCCCCUGCUCCCCUUCACCACGCCCGAGUCACUCUUCCUCCUCUCCUCGCGCGAUAGCCACAACGCGUUCGGCAUCCGUUCUUUGGAAGAUGAAGGAUCCGAGCUCUUCGGGUUCGGUUGCUGGCCCGCAGCCAGCUACUUCAACCAUUCCUGCGGCCCAAACGUCGAGAAGAAGAGAGUGGGCAGGGCGUGGGAGUUCAGGGCUGCAAAUAAUGUCGAGAAGGGCGGGGAAUUAUGCAUCACUUACUUGGGUGGAGAGGAGAGGAAGUUGUCGAGGGAGGCGAGGAUGUUGACGCUGAGAAGAAACUGGGGCUUCGAGUGUCAGUGCAAGAGGUGUAAGGAAGAAGGUGGAAUGAAUACUGUUUGA